CUAACAAAUCUACAGAACUAUUAUAAUCCUAAUGAAAUAAUAGAAACUUGAUAUCUAAAUUGAAUAAAAUAUAUAGUAAACAAUUCAGAAAUAUUUAUCUAAAUACUAUAUACUUAUGAUUCAUUCGGUAAAAGGUGAUAAUGAGGAUGAUAAAAAUGUAUCCAAACAAACCAAAGAUGUUAAACUUAAUGAUAAUACCAAUUUCCUUGACAAUGACUCUAAAUAUUCUAAACAACAGCAGCAUUCUAAGGGAGACCAAUAUUCAAACAACAUAACAAUGAAAAAGGAACUAAAGUUUUACAAGGAUUGGAUUAACGAGACAUCUUAUAAAAGGGCGUCAAUAUUUGCUGAUUACGAUUUAGAACCACAAGAAUUGUCUGCUAUAUGGAGAUUUUUGCCGGUCAUUUUAUACCUUGGCAGCAUAGUAAGUUCCAUGAUUUUGGUAGUCUCUCUAGGAGCAGCUCAAAAUGACUUUAGAGGAUUUUGUGUGCUAUUUUCAACCCUCAAAUAUACCUUAAUUGGGUCCGUGAAAGAAAAUGAUCUCGACAUCAAUAUCACAGACGAAAAUAUUUUACUAGAGUACCACAAAUUUAUUUCCCCUAAUCUUAAUAAGUCUUCGGAAUUAGCCAAGAUUGGAACGACUUUCCCCCAAUUAAAUUACGAAACGAUAUCAGUUAUCAGGAAGAGAAGACAAUUUAAUGUUACUUACGCUUAUAAUAAUACCGACACCAAUUCACUUUCACCAAAUACGAGUAAAGAUUUGGGACUUGCUUCUUCUAAUAUAUUAACGGAAUCCUACACAAACACUCUUCCUAAUUUUUCAUAUAGUCACACAAUAGUCGUAAAUUCAUCUAAAGCUUUAACCAUUUUACCAAACAAUUCGGCUUUGUUAACUAAUAACAUACACAAGAGGGAUAAUUAUACAUGGCUCAUCCCUACACCAAGCCUUGUUCAGUCAUUUAACCAUACAGUGCUUGAAAAACUUGAGGAGGACUAUUACCACUACCCUAGCACUAAUAGAGGUCGUAAGAAAUCACCAACCAAUAACAACCAACAGGUGAAUCUAGUUCCGGUAGCUACUAUAGAUUAUAUAUAUUCUUCCUGGGGUCCCAUAUGUAUUUGUAACUUUUGCAUAUACAUAGGAGUAGCUUCCCUCUUUUAUGCCUUCUUGUGUUGCAUGUUCUUUUCCCUGUGUCAGAUAGGACGCAAACAAUAUUCCACGUUAGAACAUCCAUCCAGACUAGUGCUGCCAACUCUCAUUCUUAGUUUGAUAUUUUCCUUGUUAACAAUUGCGUCAAGUUGGUUGAUCUCCAAGGGAAUUAAUUUAUGGUGCCAAGGAAUUGAAGAUGGUCCUUUAUUAGAAUGCGAGGAAGUUCAGAAUUACGUGUGGAUUAACAAUGAGAAACAUUUGAUAAACAUGAAAAGAACUGGAAAAUUUUACACUUUUCUCCGAAUUUCUGAGGUUGCUAGCUGGAUAACUUGCCUAUUUUGGAUAAUUUGCACUGGAAUCUUAAUGGUGAGAUUUUUCUGGGCAGUAGAUUUUACUCAAGACAAUUAUUAUGACAAUUUCAAAAUAAACCAGAGUUAUGAUAAUGAUAAUUUUGCCUCACCAAAAAUUAUGGAUAAAAUGAUGAACGAAAAACAAGAUGAUGUCCUCCAGGGGAAAGGAUUGGAAAAGCAAAAGACAAACGACAAAAAACAAACGGAGUCUCGAGGGAUGUAGUACUCGAAACCUAUUAUUGGAUAAAACAUAAAUAGGAAAAUUUUGCAAAUAUAAAUAUAUUAUAUUAUGUGAAUAUUCGUUUUAUAUAAUGUUUUUUUUGUAAAUAUUAGAAUAAUUGAAAUGUUUUACGAUUACAUAUAAUCGAUUUUCAAAAUUGAAUUUAAAAAAUUUAAUGUGUCACCUAAACUUUAUCAAUCUUACCCCAAUAAUUAUGAGGUGGGAUUCAUCAAUUUCUUCCGAUUUUCUACUCAUGAUUACGCCAAAAUUAGCUGCUUCUCCAAUUUUUUACUAU